AUGUCGAUUAUGAGUUAUAAUGGAGGUACCGUCGUCGCUAUGGCGGGAGACGAAUGUGUGUGCAUUGCUUCAGAUCUUCGUAUUGGAGAGCAGAUGACCACUGUUGCUACGGACCAGAAAAAGGUUCACAAAGUAACCGAUAAGGUAUAUGUUGGACUUGCCGGAUUCCAAUCUGAUGCGAAAACUAUGCUCGAGAAAAUACUUUUCCGCAAAAAUUUAUACGAAUUGCGCGAAAAUCGCAAAAUCAAGCCAAGCGUCUUAUCGGAAAUGAUCUCGAAUAUGUGCUACCAGAAAAGAUUCGGCGGAUAUAUCACAGAGCCUCUCGUCGCCGGUCUCGAUCCCGAUACCAACAAGCCAUUCAUUUGCUGCAUGGACACGAUUGGUUGUGUGUCGUCCCCACGUGAUUUUGUCGCCAUUGGGACAGGGCAAGAAUAUUUGCUAGGAGUAUGUGAAAACUUUUGGAGAGAAAAUAUGAAACCGGAUGAGUUGUUCGAGGCCACUUCUCAAGCGAUUCUUUCGUGCCUCGAACGCGACGCCGCAUCAGGUUGGGGAGCUGUUGUUUACACCAUCACCAAGGACAAGGUCAACGUGUCUACAAUUAAAGCACGAAUGGACUAA